GUUGGUCCCUUCCCAAACCCUGCUGGGAGAGCUGCGGACGGUGGUGGUAGGGUGGACCAGAAAAGGGGAUCCCGCGCACAUGCAUGCCCUCUCCUCUCAUUUGUUAGUUGAUUCCGCCUAAAAGUUGGCUAUUUAUAGGCUACAGGCAGCCGCCAGAGUCCGAGAGGCCGCUGGAGUCUCCGCGCCGCUUCCCGGUGAGAAGUGAGAGCCGUCCUGGUCCCCACGGGCCCCUUGGUGCGUCUGGACAGUGUCCUGCGACUGACUUGGUUUUGUUUCUGCCCACACACUGCGGGCAGCCCGGGAGAAGAUCGCGGGGAGCCCGGAAAGGACCCACCAGUCCGACCAUGGCUGCAAACACGGAUCAGCUGCUCCCGUGUACACACAACCCGGGAGCAGACCAACCGGCACAUUCCCAGCAGCCUCCUGCACCCCGAGACUGUCCAAGACCUCCUCUGCACGCAGGAACUUUCCUUCUCGGUUGUCAGAUGUAGCACCAUGCUCCUGUCAUCAGAUCCCAGCUAGGCUCCUGGCUGCACGGGAGAGAGGCUUCCUUAAGACAUUUGUCCUUGAAACUGCACCAAACUCUUGGAAGAACCCAGAACGUAAUUAUUAUAGUCAAUAGGAAGUUGAUCUUGGGGACAACAUGUUUUGGGAAUGGGGUACACAUGUGACCUUGGUGGAUGUUCCAGCCGCUGUUUAGAGAGUAGACUGAGGAGAGGCAAGGGCGGAAGCCAAGACACCCACUAGGAGGCAACGGCUCUAAUCCAGGAAGAGGUGACGGCGGCUUGGACCCCUGAGGCUUCUCUGCAGAAUGUCAAACAAAGAUCGACACAUUGAUUCCAGCUGUUCGUCCUUCAUCAAGACGGAACCCUCCAGCCCGGCCUCCCUGACGGACAGCGUCAACCACCACAGCCCAGGCGGCUCCUCAGACGCCAGCGGGAGCUACAGUUCAACCAUGAAUGGCCACCAGAACGGACUUGACUCGCCGCCUCUCUACCCUUCCGCUCCCAUCCUGGGAGGCAGCGGGCCCGUCAGGAAACUGUAUGACGAUUGCUCCAGCACCAUCGUGGAGGACCCCCAGACCAAGUGUGAAUACAUGCUCAACUCCAUGCCCAAGAGACUGUGUUUGGUGUGCGGGGACAUCGCCUCUGGGUACCACUACGGGGUCGCGUCGUGUGAAGCCUGCAAGGCGUUCUUUAAGAGGACGAUUCAAGGGAACAUAGAGUACAGCUGUCCUGCUACGAACGAAUGUGAAAUCACGAAGCGCCGGCGUAAAUCCUGCCAAGCCUGCCGCUUCAUGAAGUGCUUGAAAGUGGGCAUGCUGAAGGAAGGAGUGCGUCUUGACAGAGUACGUGGAGGCCGGCAGAAGUACAAGCGCAGAAUAGAUGCGGAGAACAGCCCCUACCUGAACCCCCAGCUGGUUCAGCCAGCCAAAAAGCCAUAUAACAAGAUUGUGUCCCAUUUGUUGGUGGCCGAACCGGAGAAGAUCUAUGCCAUGCCUGACCCCACCGUCCCCGACAGCGACAUCAAAGCCCUCACCACGCUGUGCGACUUGGCCGACCGAGAGCUGGUGGUGAUUAUUGGAUGGGCCAAGCAUAUUCCAGGCUUCUCCACGCUGUCCCUGGCGGACCAGAUGAGCCUCCUGCAGAGUGCUUGGAUGGAAAUUUUGAUCCUUGGUGUCGUAUACCGAUCUCUUUCGUUCGAGGAUGAACUUGUCUAUGCAGACGAUUAUAUAAUGGAUGAAGACCAGUCCAAGUUAGCAGGCCUUCUCGACCUAAAUAAUGCCAUCCUGCAGCUGGUGAAGAAAUACAAGAGCAUGAAGCUGGAGAAAGAGGAAUUCGUCACCCUCAAAGCAAUAGCUCUCGCUAAUUCAGACUCCAUGCACAUAGAGGACGUGGAGGCCGUGCAGAAGCUCCAGGACGUCCUGCACGAGGCCCUGCAGGACUACGAAGCCGGCCAGCACGUGGAGGACCCACGCAGGGCGGGCAAGAUGCUGAUGACGCUGCCGCUGCUCAGGCAGACCUCCACCAAGGCCGUGCAGCACUUCUACAACAUCAAACUGGAAGGCAAGGUCCCCAUGCACAAACUCUUUUUGGAAAUGCUGGAGGCCAAGGUCUGACUAAAGGCCUCCUGGGCCGCCGUCUCCUCCUGCACGCCCGCCAAGAAAGGGAAAAUAAACCCCAGCGUAAUGUGGAAGAAACGUAGAGCUUAGUCAACGCCAUCCCCAAUCAGCAAAGACUGCACUGAUCACUUAGCAGCAAGACUAUGAAGCAGCUUUCAGAUUUCUCAUGUGUUUUUUUCUUCUCAUUUCUCUUCAUGUUUUUUUUUUUUUUUCGUUCCCUCUCUUAUUCCUCCUUUCCCCCAUUUCUUGGCUUUCCUGAUUACUGGUUCCCUCUCUCUAAUUCCCUCCCUCCCUUCCUUUUUUCUCUUCUCACCCUUCCCUUUUCUUCUAAAUUUUAAAU